GACCCGCGAAGAAUGAUGGCGGUGAAGGCGGCGGCGGCGGCGGGCACCGGGAUCCUGCUGGUCACCGCCAACGUGGGAUCGCUUUUCGACGAUCCAGAAAAUUUACAGAAGAACUGGCUUCGCGAGUUUUACCAGAUUGUACAUACACACAAGCCACACUUCAUGGCUUUGCACUGUCAGGAGUUUGGAGGGAAAAACUACGAAGCUUCUAUGUCUCACGUCGACAAGUUUGUCAAAGAACUGCUGUCGAGUGACGCAAUGAAAGAGUACAACAGGGCACGGGUUUACCUGGACGAGAACUACAAAUCGCAGGAACAUUUCACAGCACUUGGAAGCUUUUAUUUUCUUCAUGAAUCCUUGAAAAACAUCUACCAGUUUGACUUUAAAGCUAAGAAAUAUAAAAAAGUUACUGGGAAAGAAAUCUACUCUGACACAUUAGAGAGCACCCCCAUGCUGGAGAAAGAGAAGUUUCCCCAGGAAUAUUUCCCUGAGUGUAAAUGGUCCAGAAAAGGAUUCAUUCGAACGAGAUGGUGUAUUGCUGAUUGUGCCUUUGACUUGGUAAACAUCCAUCUUUUCCAUGACGCUUCCAAUUUAAUUGCGUGGGAAACAAGUCCGUCGGUGUACUCAGGAAUACGACAUAAGGCUCUUGGUUAUGUUCUCGAUAGAAUUAUAGAUCAGCGAUUUGAGAAAGUGUCAUAUUUUAUCUUCGGAGAUUUCAACUUUCGACUGGAUUCCAAAUCCGUGGUAGAGACCCUCUGUACCAAGGCUACAAUGCAGACUAUCCGGGCAGCAGACACCAAUGAAGUAGUGAAGUUAAUAUUCCGUGAAUCUGAUAAUGAUCGGAAGGUUAUGCUGCAGUUAGAAAAGAAGCUCUUUGACUAUUCCAAUCAAGAAGUGUUUAGAGAUAACAAUGGCACAGCGCUUUUAGAAUUUGACAAAGAGCUGUCAGUCUUUAAAGACAAAUUGUAUGAACUGGACAUCUCAUUUCCUCCCAGUUACCCGUACAGUGAAGACUCUAGCCAGGGAAAACAAUACAUGAACACCAGGUGUCCAGCGUGUGUGAUAGGAUUCUAAUGUCUCAGUCAGCAAGGAACUGAUUCUAAAGUCAGAAAAUGAUGAGAAGAUUGUGAUGUAUGAUAAUAUUGGACCAAAUGUCUGCAUGGGGGAUCACAAGCCCGUGUUCCUGUCCUUUCGAAUAGCUACUGGGGCAGGUAAACCUAAUGCAAAUAUGCACAAGUGUUGUGUCGUGCAGUGAUGUGGUGGGAAACGAUGCCUACGGAAUGAGAAAAUCCUUCGAGAAACCACCCUGUAGCAUGGAAGAAGAGAAACGAAUGAGCAGUAUAUCGAAAUCCAUAAUCCUAACAGCCGUAUUUGAUAAACCGAGUCCUGAAUGCCACAUUUU